AUGGAGGACGCGCCGGAGGAUGCCCGCCAUCGCGCAUGGUCGAUGGUGAAAUCCGCUCGCACCCGCCUCGGCUAUUGGGAUGUCACCUCGGAGCAGAUCGCUCGACUCGAAGAAACCGGCGAGGUCUUUCGCACGCUCGAAGUUUCGGCACCGGCUAGCGGCCUGGUCAUGAUGCGCAUGGCUGGCCUCGAAGGCAUGGCAGUCAGGCCGGGCAUGGAGCUUUUUCACAUCGCCGACCUCUCGAGUCUGUGGCUUUCCGUGGAGCUCUUCGAAGACCAGCUCGCCGCCGUUCGUGAAGGCACAGAGGCUGAAAUCAACCUGUCGUAUUUCCCCGGCGAGACCUUCCGCGGUCGCGUGCGCUUCCUCGAGCCGGAGCUCUCGGAGAAGACCCGGACGAUGCGGGCCCAAAUCGAGGUCCCAAACCGCGACGGUAGGCUGCGGAAGGGCAUGUACGCCACCGUGCAGCUGCAGCCGGUCAUCUUAUACACCGAGUAUCCGGGCCAGGCACCACAGGUGAUCGAAGAUCAAGUGACGUACCCGAUCACCUCUAAGAUGUUGGCGGUACCCCACGCCAAGAUCGUGCGAGGCUAUUCCUUUUUCGGCUUUUCCUUCGUCUACGUGAUUUUCGAAGACGGAACCGACCUCUAUUGGGCCCGUUCGCGGGUGCUCGAAUACCUUUCGGGGCUGACCGGCAAGCUGCCCCCGGGCGUCACGCCCCAGCUCGGCCCCGACGCCACCGGCGUCGGUUGGGCUUUCAUGUACGCGCUCAACUCUCCCGAGCGUUCUCUGGCAGAGCUGCGCAGCUACCAAGACUGGUACCUCCAAUAUGGGCUGUCGUCCGUCGAGGGUGUGUCCGAGGUGGCCUCGAUCGGCGGCUUCGUCAGGCAGUACCAGAUCGAGGUGGACCCGAUUCGCAUGCGCGCUUAUGGAGUGGGKCUAUCCACUAUCAAGAGAGCCGUCCAGCGCUCCAAUGUCGAUGUCGGCGGUCGGCUGGUAGAGAUGGCCGAACGCGAAUUCAUGGUCCGCGGCCGUGGCUACGUCAAGGAUGUACGUGACCUGGAAAUGAUCGCGCUGACAACCGGCCCCGGCGGCGUACCGGUGUUGCUCAAGGACGUCGCCAGAGUGACGAUCGGGCCGGAGAUCCGGCGCGGUCUGGCGGACUGGAAUGGCGAGGGAGAAACGGUGGGUGGCAUCGUAGUCGUGCGUGCGGGCGCAGACACCCGGAGCACGAUCGAGCGCGUGAAGGCGCGUUUGUCGGAGCUCGAGGCCGGGCUUCCGGAGGAUGUCGAGAUCGAGAUCGCUUAUGACCGGAGCGGCCUGAUCGAGCGCUCGAUCGCCACCCUGACCGAUACUUUGAUCGAGGAAAUGAUCGUCGUCUCGCUGGUCUGUAUCCUCUUUCUUUUCCACUUCCGUUCGGCCUUUGUGGCCAUCGUUUCGAUUCCCCUCUCGAUACUGCUCGCCUUUAUCCUGAUGCGCCUUCAGGGACUGGGUGCCAACAUCAUGUCCCUCGGCGGCAUCGCCAUUUCGAUCGGGGUGCUGGUCGACGCCGCCAUCAUCAUGGUGGAGAACGCCCACAAGCAUUAUGAGAAGUGGCAAGGGCGGCGCAGCCACUUCGAGAUCAUUCUGCGAUCGGCGCAGGAAGUCGGGCCGACGCUUUUCUUUACCCUGCUGAUCAUCACCGUUUCUUUUAUGCCUGUUUUCACCUUACAG